AUGCGUGAAGCUUACGAAAGAGCUAACUGGAUUUUGCUGGAACCAAUUAUGAAAGUCGAGGUUACGACGCCCAGUGAUUUCAGGGUAGUGUUGUUGCAUCUCCACCCAACGAAACGCUUUAAUUGUUUCAACGGACUCGCAUGGAAGGAUACACUACGUAACCGAGGGAAAAAGGCGAAUUUAGUAUGGAGUAUUGCCGCUAUACUCCGACAUCAGCAACGACACAAGAAAGUUUACGCUUGCAGCGACCGGCGAGCAAUGAGUGGUGGAGUUUAUGGCGGAGAUGAGUUCGAUAUACCAAUCGGUAGCCGAAUCCAUGAAUACGAAACUAACGACGAGAAUUCGAUCAUGCGAAGAGAGAAAAAGGUUCACAUAGGAACUACGAAAGAAAUGAAGAAUUUUAUGCACGAUGGAAUGAUCGACGAUUGGGAUCUUUUUGAACAAAUGCUCGACUUUGCCUACAAAGAUUGUCUUGAACUGAAAGCCAAUAUCAUCCUGUACUAUUCUCAGAAAGCGCCUGGAACGAGAAAGCAAAGCGGGAAAAACUUACCGAUUUUGACAGCAUUUUCAAAUGGGCGUACUGCAGGAUUGGUCGUGGAUAGUGGAGCAACUCAAACAUCAGCUGUACCAGUCUUUGAUGGAUAUUGUGUAACUCAUGCCGUUGUUCAG